AUGGAGAGGAAACACAGAUGGGGCUCAUCGUUCUUGCUAAUGUGGCUUCUAGCUGCAGAAGGAGUAUACUCGGCCCCGAGACGCUCAUCUUCAACUGCGUCUCCAAAGACGCAAUUUCCACCAGGUGCUGAAACUGAAAGAAUACUCCCUGGUACAAACGGUUUCUAUCCGACUAGCCUUGAGCGCGAGGGCCAUCCGGUGCUCCCAACCCCGACAUCGACGGGGAACACGAAAGAUCCUUGGGGACUUGAUGGGCUGCUUGAAUCCUUGGGCGAUACCGCAAACCUCCCAAACGAAUUAUUGAGCGAGUUUCUACCAGGCUGGGACAAGAAUUAUCCAGUGACCGUGCCGGUAUCAGCGUAUAAACCGGCCAGCGCGGAAACGACUAGCUCAGCUACGGAACCACAAACGCAGCCGAAGACUUCUGAUACCUCCACGCCGCAGGCUCCUAGCCAAAACGUGCCAGAGGCGACAACCGACUCUUCCCAGGUCAGCAGUCAAGCUUCGAGUACAACAAGCCUCACCCAGCUUUCGAGUACAACAAGCCCCACCCAGCUUUCGAGUACAACAAGUCCCACCCAGCCUACGAGCUUAGCGAGUUCAGCCCAGCCCUCGAGCUCAGCAAGUCUGACCACGACUGCAAGCCAAACAACGCAAGCGGAUAAUUCUAUCACUUCAAGUGUUGUCCAAGCCUCAGUUACACCAAUGUCUGGUCAGGACGUAUUUGUGCCAUUGGCGACAACCCCAUUCCCGCAAACCAUCACAGCGCGGAACGAUCAUCCGGUGCCUAAGAAAGGAAUUGAAAAUGUCACUACGCCAAUUGAGACAAACAAGUUCUACGCUGGACUCUUCCUCGGGUCGCAGAGCAAUACUACCUUUACCCAUCCGUAUGGUCUCUCAUGGGCGAAGGGAAGCGGGAAUGCCAAAAGUUAUGGAAUGGCCAUUUCCCACAACGAGGUUAAUGUCGUUGCAAAUGGCCCCACCAACGCCAACAUUCCUGGCAAUCCCAUUUCGUACUACAUCAAUCCUAUUGGCAUCCAGCAUAUGAUCCUUUCAGCCACAGAACUCAACACCUCAACUGUGCUGACUGCAGAGAAUCUCUUGCCAUUCUCCGCUGAUGCUGUUCUGAGUCCUACUCCCGGGUCAAGCCAAAGGAUAACUAUUCCUCUUGUGCAGGGGAUGGGUUUCGUCACAGGCAUGUACAACAACCUACAACCCCUGAUUCAAAGUGGUGUAUUUUUCAGCAAAGUCGUCACUGCUUCCUCGCCCCGGAUUGGCAUCUACAAAUAUAAGGUCUCUCUGGCGGAUGGAACAGAGUGGCUUGUUUAUGCCAUCCCUCAAGAUGGAAAGGAUCCGGAUUUCCGCUUGGAAUCUAACACCGACUUCCGUGGCCCAAGUGGAUGGUCUGGGACCGUUCAGAUCACGAAGAACCCAGCAGGUGACUCUGGUGAGAAGCUUUUGGACGGAUCUAGCGGUGUCUUCGCUCUGGAGGCUGCUGUAUCCGGGUCGGUUCAGGACAAUUCUGGUACAUACAAUCUGGCAUUCGCCAAGUCAGGGAAGCAGCUGCAACAGACUCCACUGCUUAUGUAUGCUCUGCCGCAUCACGUCGAAUCGUUUGAUAACACCACCAAGGGCCGCAUGACCAGCAUCACGCUUCGGACAACCACAAAGGGUAAUGCAACUGCUGUAGUAGGAGAAACUUGGACGAUGCUGGAGCCGAACCUUCCAACUCAAAUGGGUUUCGACCCGUGGUCGGUAUCGGCCGGUAACGUGAACAAUCUGAGCGCUGCUGCCAAACAAGUCAUCCUAUCUGUGGCGCCCACUGAGCUCAACCAAAGCAUUGACCAGCAGUCAGACCUGAAUAGCAUGUACUACAGUGGCAAGGCCUUGAGCAAAUUUGCAACUCUUGUUUACACAGUGAACAAGCUAGGGGGUAACCCUGAUCUGGCCGCUUCGGCUUUGCAGAAUCUGAAGACCGCCUUUUCUCGCUUUGUCGACAAUAAGCAACAAUUUCCGUUGGUGUAUGACAGCGUUUGGAAGGGUGUGGUGUCCUCUGCCAGCUACGGAGGCGAUUCUGGCGCUGACUUUGGAAACACCUACUACAAUGACCAUCACUUCCACUAUGGGUAUUUUAUCCAUGCAGCUGCCAUUAUUGGCUCGCUCGAUUCGACCUGGCUCACGGAUUCCAACAAAGCCUGGGUGAAUAUGCUUGUCCGUGACGCCGGAAACUCGGCCGCGAACGACCCAUACUUCCCAUUCUCGCGCUCUUUCGAUUGGUACCAUGGGCACUCGUGGGCGAAGGGUCUGUUCGAGUCGUUUGACGGCAAGGACGAGGAAUCAACCUCGGAAGAUACCAUGUUCGCGUACGCUCUGAAGAUGUGGGGAAAGACGAUUGGCGAUGCCAGCAUGGAAGCCCGCGGCAACCUGAUGCUGGGCAUCCUCCGACGAAGCUUGCACAACUACUUCCUCAUGGAGAGUGAUAACAAGAAUCAGCCUGCGAACUUCAUCGCCAACAAGGUGACUGGAAUUCUGUUUGAGAACAAGGUGGAUCACACUACCUACUUUGGUAACAACCUAGAAUACAUCCAAGGUAUUCACAUGUUGCCCCUCUUGCCUUCGUCUCCAUAUGUACGGAGCCAAAACUUCGUUCGAGAGGAGUGGAAUGCACUCUUCUCGGCCAAUGCCACCGAUCCAGCAUCGAACGUCACUGGCGGAUGGAAGGGUGUUUUGUACGCCAACUUGGCACUGAUCGACCCUGCGUCUUCGUGGAACUUCUUCGCACAGUCCAAUUUCGAUUAUAGCUGGAUUGAUGGAGGAGCGUCACGCACGUGGUAUCUUGCAUUUGCAGCGGGCUUGGGCGGAGGUCCCGCUUAA